AUUGAUUCUGAGAACAAGAAUCUGUAUUCUCUACAACUGUGUUCUUACAAUUUCGCUCAAACAACAUUUUCCUUGAGGCCUGAUAAGAUAAUAAGAUAAGUAAAACUCUCGAAUUCAGAAGAUAAUUAGAUGACAACAGAUAAGUAGAUAUUUCAGAAAAUAAAAUGGUAACCAUUCUGGGAUUUAGUAACAUGAGCUGGCUCAUUGUGUUCUGCUCCACAUUACAUAUCACUUUGCCAAAGGAGAAAGGUAUGAAUGGAACAUCUGUUGAAAACUUUGACUGUAUUCUUCGCUCAUAUACAUUUAAGAAUCCUACCAUGAAUUGUACUUGGAAUGCGGGCAAAAAUACUCCUCCAGACACCCAGUAUUUUAUGUACUUAGCAUAUAACAAGGCUACAGAUAACGAGUGUCCACAUUACAUAAGUAACUCAUCCGAAAGACACAUUGGUUGCUACUUCCCUGAAGUGAUAGCAAAUCAAUAUUCCGUGUAUAUUACAGUAAAUGGAUCAAGCAGAGUAUCUCCAAUUCAGUCAUAUGUUGAUACUUUUCGACUUCAUGACAAAGAACAGUUUCGACCUCCCCAAAAUAUUACUGUGGAUUAUAGCUUACCCUUAUAUUAUAGAGUCCAGUGGGAACCUCCUCCAAACUCUCGUAAACAUGGAAGUGUAUGCUUUGUGUUCCAAAUAAAGGAUGAACGCAAGAAUACAAUCAUCAAUGUAACAGAAAAAACAUACGAUUUCCCAAAGCCUUCAAAAUAUAUCUUGAGAAUUCGCGCAUUUGGAGACAUUACAUGUCCAAUUUCAAAAAAAAUGAAUGGAGAAUGGAGUGAACCUAUUGAGUUUGGUACUGAUCCUGAUACAUUCCCUACACUGCCUUUUGUCUUUGCUGCACUUGGAACCAUAAUAAUAAUUGUGCUUUUGACUUUGAUUUGUAAAAGGAACCACAUAUGGGAAAAACUUACUGAUCCAGUUCCCCAACCAAAAGAUAUAAUGUGGCAACAUGAGAAGAAUGUGGAGAAGUGGAUGACCCCAGUACCAAUAGCAGGUGAAUCAAUAACAGUGAUUGAAGAAAUGGCUGCCAUCUCCCCAAAAGUAUGAGGCAUUGUCUGCUACAAAAAACCCUACUCCAAUAAAAUAGUAAAAGAAAAUCUGUGUGUAUGUGUAUGGCUUAUCCGUUUCUUUCAAAACAGGAAUGCAUUUGUAUAAAUUUAGACAGUGGGAUUUAAGAAUAACAAUCUGCUACUAGAGGCUGUCAAGCAAGAACUAAAGCAAUUAAUUUUUCCAAGGUGUCACAUGAGAAACUGGGACUGUUGUGGAGGGUGGAACUAUGUGAAGGUACAUAAUAUGCACACAUACAUACAUUGAAUUAAAAAGUCAAAAUAAAAGACAAGGGCAGCCAAAUGGCUGGAUGUAGCCUGGGACCCAUAAAAUGCCCAGGUCUGGCUAGUUUCAUCUGUGCAAAGGGAAUCAACUUGCUUUAAAAAAAAAUCUCUGUGGAUGCUUGAAUGUGGGAUAAUUUGCACAAGCAAAUUCUGUUAGUACUUUAGACAGAUCAAUCAUUAAGGGAAAGUACCAUAUAUACUCACAGAUAAGUCUAUUCAUGGAUAAGCUCUCAUUCUUUCAAUUUGUCUUUUUCAUAUUUCAAUAAAUAUAAUUUGGUUACUACUUGGCUUUUCCAAGGGUGGCACAUUCUUCAUGGUAGUUUGUGUGUAUAGGUAUAUUUUGGUUUCUAAAAUUUUCAACUUAUAGAAGAGCAUUUAAAAUAGCAACAUUCUAUUAUGAAUAGAUGUUUCACAAGGAAGUUGUUUUCCAAGUGGCAAUAUCACUACAGUUCUGAGUGAGAAGCUCAUGCUAAGCAUUUUAUGAAGGCAUCCACGACACUAACUCAAAAACUCCCCUAUUUUUGUAUGCUUUAACAUUUUCAUGUU